GUGGGCGGGCAUGAAGUUGGAGGUGUUCGCCCCUCGCGCGGCCCACGGGGACAAGCAGGGCAGUGACCUGGAGGGCGCGGGCGGCAGCGACGCGCCGUCCCCGCUGUCGGCGGCGGGAGACGACUCCCUGGGCUCAGAUGGGGACUGCGCGGCCAACAGCCCGGCCGCGGGCGGCGGCGCCAGAGAUCCGCCGGGCGACGGCGAACAGAGUGCGGGAGGCGAGCCGGGCGCGGAGGAGGCGAUCCCGGCAGCAGCUGCUGCAGCGGUGGUGGCGGAGGGCGCGGAGGCCGGGGCGGCGGGGCCGGGCGCGGGCGGCGCGGGGAGCGGCGAGGGCGCACGCAGCAAGCCGUACACGCGGCGGCCCAAGCCCCCCUACUCGUACAUCGCGCUCAUCGCCAUGGCCAUCCGCGACUCGGCGGGCGGGCGCUUGACGCUGGCGGAGAUCAACGAGUACCUCAUGGGCAAGUUCCCCUUUUUCCGCGGCAGCUACACGGGCUGGCGCAACUCCGUGCGCCACAACCUUUCGCUCAACGACUGCUUCGUCAAGGUGCUGCGCGACCCCUCGCGGCCCUGGGGCAAGGACAACUACUGGAUGCUCAACCCCAACAGCGAGUACACCUUCGCCGACGGGGUCUUCCGCCGCCGCCGCAAGCGCCUCAGCCACCGCGUGCCGGCCCCCGCGACCGGGCUGCGGCCCGAGGAGGCCCCGGGCCUCCCCGCCGCCCCGCCGCCCGCGCCUGCCGCCCCGGCCUCGCCCCGCAUGCGCUCGCCCGCCCGCCAGGAGGAGCGCGCCAGCCCCGCGGGCAAGUUCUCCAGCUCCUUCGCCAUCGACAGCAUCCUCAGCAAGCCCUUCCGCAGCCGCCGCCUCAGGGACACGGCCCCCGGGACGACGCUUCAGUGGGGCGCUGCGCCCUGCCCGCCGCUGCCCGCGUUCCCCGCGCUCCUCCCCGCGGCGCCCGGCAGGGCCCUGCUGCCGCUCUGCGCGUACGGCGCGGGCGAGCCGGUGCUGCUGGGCGCGCGCGGGGCCGAGGUGCCGCCGGCCGCGCCGCCCCUCCUGCUUGCACCCCUCUCGGCCGCGGCCCCCGCCAAGCCACUCCGAGGCCCGGCGGCCGGCGGCGCGCACCUGUACUGCCCCCUGCGGCUGCCCGCAGCCCUGCAGGCGGCCUCAGUCCGCCGCCCAGGCCCGCACCUGCCGUACCCGGUGGAGACGCUCCUAGCUUGAGUCGCGCCGCGGGGCCCGGGAACGCCGAGUGCGCGCCGUUGGGGAGGCGGGAACGCGGGCGCGCGCGGACUUUGCACUUUCAAUCCAGAGGAAAAUGAAUUUUUAAAAUCUCCAUCAAACGUGCCUUAAAGCGAAAGCAUUUUGACAGGAGUAUUUGAACUUAGUCCGGGCUAUUUUCCUUUGUCUUUUAUAACUUUACAGAGGACCAAAGCAAUUCUUGUUUUAGUUUGUUUGCGAAGCCUGCCCCUCCUUCCCUUCAUAAGGACUUUUUUUUGUCUUUCUUUAACGCCCAGGCUUCGUCUUAUUUCUACUGUUUUUGUCGCACCUUCCAUUGAUUUAUGUCCCUCCCCUCCCCCCUAAGUACAUCAGGGAACCUUUCCACACUAUAAAUGAUAUGACUACUGUUUGGGGUUUCUGGGCCCCCAUCCGUGUACGUAUGUGGCGUUUCCAGGUAUGACUGAGUGUGAGAGAUAUGUCAGAGGCUCUUCAGUGAUUUCUCGCUAUUGACCAAUGCUUCACUGUGCCAAAAGAGAAAAAAAAUGUUGGGUUUUGUAAUUAAAUUAUUUAUAUAUUUUUGAAACCUGAAUUGAAAAUGUUGCAGGCAACGGGCUACAGCUUUAUUAGUGGUUCUCUAACUGUGGUCUCCUUGGGCCAAGCAAUUUCUUUAAAGGAAAAGGUGAUUAUGUGGGGUGCCAGGACCACUGCCACUUGAAAGCAAGUGUGAUUUUUAUUUUUAAUAUUAUUUUUAUUUGUGUGUGUGUACAUAUUCAUGUAUAAAUUUUAUGAAACCCAAGCAUAGUGCUUAUUUUUUAAUAAAACUCACAACUGACUUAA